AUGACUUAUACUUCUCCCUCUCAGGGUCGGAAGUGUGUGACCACUGUAUCUCUUCCUCCUUCCUCAAAGAAAACCAAGAAGGAUGCACCUCCUGAAGCGUCGAAGAAAACUCAGAGGGUUCCUCUUUUUGACAAGGAUAUUAAAUCCCAUUCCCUUUCUGGUUUCGACCGGUCAACGCCUUCCAACACUAGCUCUCAAUUCGUGCAUCUGACCAUGACUUGGGACCGUGACCCUGAAGCCAAAAAGGACAAAAAAGAUGAUCAUAUGGGUGAAGAUGGGGACCAUAUGACCGACUAUAUGCCAGUAAACAACCAUGUACCACAUCCUACAGAAGAUCAAGACUCUGACAAAUCUGAUGAUGCUGAAGAUUUGAUUGGAGAUCCAGCUACUUCCAAGAAAGAGAGAACAAAUUUUGUUUCUAAAGACUCUGAGGAUUUCGAAGAUUCUGGAGACUCAGAAGAUACUCUCUCAAAAAAUGAUGAAGACCUCGAGGAGGCCAUACCUGAGUCAAAGGAGGAAACUAGCAACAUUGUUGAUGCCCUUUGCACCAAAUUACAACCUGGUGUGAUCAAGUCAUUUGGAGCUACAACUAUCACUCAUCCACCUAUUAAAUAUUCUUCAUCCAAUACAUCCCUUAGUCGAGAAGAAAUCAUAGCCAUCAAAGCACAAAACCUUGUUGAGGCUUUAAGAAGGUUGGUCAAAAGUCACAGCAUAAGUGAUCAAAGAGAGAAUCCGCCGGUGUUUAAAGGGAAGCAUGAUCCAGAUGCAGCCUUGGGAUGGUUGAAAGAAAUUGAGAGAAUCUUCCGGGUUAUGGAUUGCACUCCAGCUCAGAAGGUUCGGUAUGGUACUCACAUGCUAGCAGUCGAAGCUGAUGACUGGGAAUUCCUGAGAAAGUAUUAUCCGGAAGAUGUCCGUGGGAAGAAGGAAAUUGAGUUCCUUGAGCUGAAGCAAGGAAACAUGUCUGUCACUGAUUAUGCUGCAAAAUUUGUGGAGCUGUCCAAAUUUUAUCCUCAUUACACUGGUGCUGGUGCUGAAUUUUCAAAGUGCAUCAAGUUUGAAAACGGAUUGCGCUCUGAGAUUAAGAAGGCUGUUGGGUAUCAGAAGAUACGCAUUUUUACUGAACUGGUUGAUAGCUGCAGGAUAUUUGAAGAGGACAAUAAUGCUCAUUACAAGAUUGUCAGUGACCGCAAGGGAAAGCAGCAUCAAAACCGUGGCAAGCCGUAUGAUGCCCCAGUGGGAAAAGGGAAACAAGGAGCUGCUCCGGCUCAGAGGACUAGUAGGGGAGGUGCUCCUGCUGGUAUAGUUUGCUUCAAAUGUGGUCAGGCUGGUCAUAAGAGUAAUGUAUGCACUGCUGAAGUAAAGAGGUGUUUUCGCUGUGGUAAGACUGGUCAUGCAAUAGCUGAUUGCAAGCACAAGGAAGUGAUUUGUUUUAAUUGUGGCGAAGAAGGGCAUAUUGGAAGUCAGUGUCAGAAGCCAAAGAAAUCUCAAACUGGGAAGGUGUUCGCAUUGACCGGAACUCAAACCUCCUAUGAGGACAGACUUAUCCGAGGUACAUGUUUCAUAAAUGGUACUCCUUUAAUUACUAUUAUUGAUACCGGUGCUACCCACUGUUUUAUUUCUGCUAACUGUGCUCGAAGACUGGGUUUAAAAUUGUCCGCUUUGGAUGGUGAAUUGAUUGUUGAGACCCCAGCUAAGGGAUCAGUAACUACUUCUUUGGUAUGUUUAGGAUGUCCUUUGUCGAUCUUCGAUAGAGAUUUCUAUGUUGAUUUAGUAUGUUUGCAGUUGGAUGGGAUGGAUGUAAUUCUUGGUAUGAACUGGUUAGAGUAUAAUUAUGUUCAUAUAAAUUGUCAUCAUAAGUCGGUGAGGUUUUCCACUCCUGAAGAGGAAGGAGUUGACUUAUUACCUUUCAGAGAAUUGCGAAAAUUGAUGAAAGAGGGAGCUCAGAUGUUUUCUUUGAUGGCGACGUUGUCGGUUGAAAGUAAAGCUAAGAUAGAGGAACUGUUAGUGGUGAAAGAAUUCCCUGAAGUUUUUCCUGAUGAAAUUCCUAGUGUGCCGCCAGAGAGGGAAGUUGAAUUUACUAUUGAUCUGGUACCUGGUACUAGGCCUGUUUCGAUGGCACCGUAUAGAAUGUCGGCAUCUGAAUUGUAUGAAUUAAAGAAGCAAUUGGAAGACUUA